AUGUUCUUAAUCAAGCUGUUGGUCUCUUCUACAGAUCCGCCGUCAAUCACGGCAGCGAGGAUCUUCAAGGGGCAGCGGCAGGGACAACCGGGGGAGAGCAGCCACCUGGCAUGGGAGAAGUUCUCUGCAGUCGCGUUAGCAAAGACGUACAAUCUCGACGCUCAGAUCGGCGAGUCGUCCGCCUUCGCUACGGCACACCUCUGCGGUGUAAAGGCGAACUUCGAGACUGUCGGCCUAGACAUUAGAGGGAAGUUCGGGAACUGCACGUCUACCUUCGUGUCGAGGGUGGAUUCCCUCAUUGACUGGGCUCAAACAGGAAGGUGA